UGUAUCAACCAACCAACCCACCACUCUACAUUCGUGGGUCCGAGCUUCCCCGCGGCGCCAAAAUUUCGGCAAAUAAAAAAAAAUCUCCCCAACAUCACCAAACAGCAGCACCGUUUUAUCGCCUUCUGACAUUUCGCGCAAUGGGUAAAAAAAGGAAGGCCGGAGGCCGCCAUGGGCAGCCAGCAGCAGUGUCCGAGGGCGCUGAAGAUGAUGCAAAGCUGGCCAUCAACACAUAUGAAGAUGUCGCAGAUUCCGAAGAUGAUUUCCACAUCAAUCGCGACAAGGUCUUGCUCGACGAAGGCCCCGCCGCCAAAAGACUGAGGAAGUGGAAAGAAGCGGAUGCAUUUCUCGAACAAUCCGACGAAGAAGUCCUCGGCCACCGCGGUCUCGACGAUGACGAUGAUGACGACGACGAAGAGCUGAGCGACGAUGACAGUGAAGCCAGUGAAAACGCUGAACCCCAAGCCGAAGACGACGACGACGAAGACGCAGAUGGUUGGGGCCCGUCCAAAAAAGACUACUACAAUGCCGACGCGAUCGAAACCGAACAAGAUGCUCUGGAUGAAGAGGCUGAGGCCAGACGCAUUCAAAAGAAGCAACUCCGGGCUAUGACUGCUGCUGACUAUGGUUUCGACGAAGAUGAAUGGUUAGAUGGAGAUGGACAACAGUCCACCACAGACACUGGAGUUGUUAGCGAACAACUGCCCAAGUGGCACGUUCCAACCGGGCUGGCAGACGGAGAAAAACUGAAACUACUCCGGGAUCGAUAUCCUGAAUUCGAACACCUUGCCAGUGAAUUCUUAAGACUUCAACCUUUACACGAUGAACUUGCCGCCACCGCAAACGCCGCCGCACGCCUGAUCAAAUCGCGCAUCGCCAAAUCAGGAAGCACGACUCACUCUAUUCCCCCGACUCCUGUAGCAGUAGUCAAGUACCGUGCGUGUGCGACUUAUCUCGCUGCUAUGUCCAUGUACUUUGCAAUUAUGGGCUCUACUGCCAACGACACCGAGUCUCCGGCCAUUGCUUUGGAUCCUGCCGAACUUCACGAUCACCCUGUAAUGGAAAGUCUACUGAGAUGCCAGCAGUUGUGGGCAAAAGUAGAGAGUCUGCCAGUCGCAGACCCUAUGGUGGAGACAUCUUACGGCGAUGAUCUUUCCAUAAUCGAGGAAGUGUCUCCAGGCUCCGAGGUUGAGGCACCUUCGAUUGCGGAGACCAAAGAAAAGAAGCCGAAGAAGAGCAAAUCACAGCGCGCGGCCGAAUUGGCCAGAAUCGAAUCAGACGCACGGCGUGCCGAGAAGCUACGGAAGACUGAGGAGGAACUUGCGUCUUUAACGAACCUUACAGAUGCGAAUGUGCGGAAGAAUAGUGGCAAGAAGGCGAAGAAGGUUGAACAGUCCAAGCUGAACCUGCUCAAUCCAGAGGACUCGGACUUUGGUGAAGAGACGGAACUCACGGCUCACGAGCUUGCAGAGAAGGCACGGAAGAAGAAGUCUCUUCGCUUUUACACAUCCCAGAUCACGCAGAAGGCGAAUAGAAGGGAUGCUGCCGGCAAAGACUACGGUGGCGAUGCCGACAUUCCCCACCGCGAACGCCUCAAGGACCGACAGGCACGACUGCAAGCACAAGCAGAGAAGAAAGGCCAGAAUGUUGAUAAAGGACCGGGAGUAGCCCUCGGCGAAGGCGAUGACAGCGGAGAAGACGAAAACGACAAGGGUGAAUCAUACAGCAAUGAAUUUGAAGGCGAUGAUGGCUAUUACGAUAUGGUAGCUGCCCGUGGCACCGCUAAAAAACAAACGAAGCUGGAUCGUGCGGCGGCGUAUGCUCUAGCUGCGAAAGAGGGCGGUGUUGUGGUUCCCGAGGAGAUCAUCGGCGAGGAUGGACGUCGGCAAAUCACGUACGCCAUUGAAAAGAACAAGGGCCUCACACCUCACCGCAAGAAGAGCGUGAGGAACCCCAGAGUCAAGAAGAAGCUAGCAUUUGAAGCCAAGAAGAAGAAAUUGAAGAGUAUGAAGCCGGUGUUUGACGCGGGUAAACGGGCAAGUGGUGCUGCAGCGUAUGGGGGUGAGUUGACGGGUAUCAAGUCAGGACUGGUUAGGAGUAGAAAGUUGUAG